AUGAACCAAAUGAAUGUCGGGAUGAACCCCGGGGCUGGGGGCCCUGUAGGUGGGGUUCCUAUGAUCAACAACGGAUCCACGGCUUCUCGUAACGACGGCACUAUGAACAACCCCGAAAUCAUGAUCAACAACCUCAACACCUAUAUCUAUGAUUACUUUUUGAAGCGUGGGUACCAUGACUGCGCCCGCGCUCUCUUGCAAGAUGAAAACAUCAAACUAAACACCGACAACAAUCCCAAGACAAGUCCCGGAAAUCGGCGUGAUGGCGAUGUCAAUGGCAUGGACCCUGAUGCCAUGAUGACCGAUGGGAAGGAUGGUGACAAGAUUAAGAUCCCAGAUGAUCUCCCUCGCCCAAAUAUUCCCAACGAGAGCCCCUCCUCAUUCCUCCUUGAUUGGUUCAGCCUUUUCUGGGAGUUCUUCUGGGCUCAACGCAAGAAGGGAAAUAGCACUGACAUUAGGCAAUACCUACAGCACAACCAGAACUUCAUGCGUCUGCGAGAACAGCAACACAAUCAAUUUAUGAGGCAACAGCCCAUGAUGCCCGGCCAAAUGAACCAGCUCCGGAGACAGAAUGGCAUGGUACCUCCUAACCUGCAGAAAACAGUGCUGCAGAACAACACCACUGGACUCUCGCAACAACAACAACAGAUGGCGCAGUACCAGAAGACCCAGCAGUUGCAAAUGAUGCAGCAAAUGCAACGGGAUCCGGACAUGGAGAUGGGAGGACAUCGACCACAGUCACCAGCCUCUGCCGACAACGCCCCCUCACCGUCGAAACGCCCACGUCUUGAAGGCGCCGUCAACGGACAGCAACUGGCACCGAAUGGCCGUGGACAAGUACAAGGAAUGCCUGGACAGCCCAACCCGCAGGCUAUAAUGAUGCAGAAUGGAAUGCAGAGGGGAAUGACCCCGGCGCAAUUCCAGCAGUUCCAGGGACAAGCUGCGCAACAGAAAUCUAUGCAGGGUAUCCCGAAUGGUGGCAUGAUGAACCCCGGUGUUAUGGCGAAUCAGGCGGAUCUGGUGCCGAUGCCGGAUGGCCAGGGAAUGUAUCCCAUGGCCGCUGGCCCUGAGUACUACGGUGCAAACGGUCAACUCGCCCAGGUCCGACCCGGUGGUUUACAGACACCUGGCAGUCAGCAUGGUAACCAUGCUCUUCAAGAUUAUCAGAUGCAGCUUAUGCUGCUUGAACAGCAGAAUAAGCGGCGUUUGAUGAUGGCUCGUCAAGAGCAAGAUAGCAUGGCCCGCGCUGACGGCCAGCCCCAGAUGCCCGGACAGGGAGGUUUGCCGCCAGGCACUUCCCCGGGCAGCAGGGCGGGCGCGUCUCCCAAUCCUAGCGACCAAAUGAAACGAGGCACACCUAAGAUGCCUCCGACUGGACUUCCCGGGUCGCCAAGCGCUGGCGACAUGUCUCAGCGUGGAUCCCCCGGAUCCAUGAACCUCAACGGUGGUCCUAUGCCCCCAGAGAUGGCAGCUCAGUUCUUCCCUGGACCGAAUAUGCGACCUCCUAGUUCUAACCCUGCCUUCACUGGAGCCCAAAUGGGUCAGCCGAUUCCGGCCAAUGCCGGCCAGCGUAUGCCUAGUGGACAAUGGCAGCCAGGACAACCGCAGAUGCCUCCGCAGCAUUCGCCUGCGAACCAGCCCCAGGCUGGAACCCCGCAGGAACGAAGCGCGAUGCCUCCGCCCUCGGCGCCACCCGUCACGGGUCCUAACGCUGGUCGUGGCCAGCCGGCGUCACCGCAGACGGCUGGGAACGCGCCACCGACGCCCCAGCAGGCUACUAAGGCUCCACCCAAGGGCAAGAAGGAAGCUAAGGACACCCGCAAGCGACCCAACAAGAAGCAAGCUGCUGCUGCUGCUGCCAGUGCGGCCGCAGGCGCGACUCCAUCCACGGAAGCCGCAGAGCCACCGACCCCAUCGACCCCCGUCACCCCCCAGCAUCCUAACUCUUUCAAUGCUAAGAAUGGAGCGAAUGGAGCGAAUGGGCCAGCUCAACCGGCACAGCCUACCUCGGCACCUGCUCCUCAGACUAUGGUGCAGCAGCCCCCUGACCAACAGCAAUCCUUCACUGACCUCAGCAUUCCUGAUGCUUCUGCAUUCAACCUUGACUUCAGCGCACUGGAAAAUCCAGACAUUCUGGAGAACUUCGACUUUGACACAUUCCUCAACACGGAUGCCGACGCCACUGGAUUUGGGUUCGACCCCAGCAUAUCCUAUUCGGCCGAUGGUGUUGAGACAGGUGCUGGUGAUGGCCUGUGA